AUGCGCCUCAUGGUAGUCAACGACGACGGUCCGCCGUCGUCCGUUUCGCCCUACCUUGCUCUCUUUGUCGGCGCUCUGCACGACGCAGGCCACGAGACCGUCGUUGUCAUUCCUGAUCGUCCGCUCUCCUGGAUCGGCAAAGCCCACGCCGUUGGCAAGACCUUAACCGCCGCAAGCAGAUGCCCUGCCUCCUUCGCUGACAAGACCUGUGCCGUUCCCGGCUGCGCCGAGACUGAGGACCGCCAACACCGCUGGCUUGUUGUAGACGGCCCGCCUGCUAGUUGCACUCAAAUUGGUUUGUUCCAUGCAGGCUUCGCCCCUUCAGAUUUCGAUCUGGUCGUCUCGGGCCCGAACCACGGCCGCAACGCAAGUACCGUGUAUGCCCUUAGCAGCGGCACUGUGGGCGGCGCCAUGGAGGCAGCGCAGUGUGACAAGCGGGCCGUGGCACUCAGUUUCGGUAGCAAGGAGCCGCAGCCUGAUGAAGUCAUCCAAGCUGCGUGCGUGCGAGCCGUUGCGGUGAUUGGGAAUCUGGUCAGGGACUGGCACCCGGAAGUCGAGGUGUACAGCGUCAACGUGCCGAUGCUGGCCGAUAUCGAAGAUCGCCCGGUGAGAAUAACAACUACUGCACAGGGACGCUGGAUCACGGGGGGGUUAUUCAGUCCCGUCGCCGCCGAUCCUGAGAAGCUGGCCAUCUCAAGGACGUACCAGUUUCGGUGGGCACCACAGCUGGCCGAUAUCAAGCGUCAAGCCGAGGAGAGUCCCGAAGGCGAGGAUUUAUGGGCUUCGCUCAAUGGUGUUAUUAGUAUCUCGCCUCUGAAAGCAAGCUUCACUGCAGUCGAUAUCCAGAAUUGA